AUGGCAACUACGGUUCUCGGCAAGCGCGCUCGUGGUGCAGCUGACUUGGAAGCAUUACCCGUGCGCACCGCAAGCAAGCGCCGAACAAUCGCACCCCGUACUAAGAGUGAGACCGUCACUGCUCCGGUACCUCCUCGUCGAACUCGCUCCACUCGACUUGCUGUAAAGAAUCAAGAUGCGGAACAAAUACUGGACCAAGAGAAUGAGCGCGCAAAUGAGAAGACCUCGGAUAAAGUGCCUUCUAAGCACACGCUACAUGAUGACCAGGGUAGGUCUCCAAUCAAGAUAAAAUCCCAUUUCCGCACUUCGAAGCUCGUCGAAGUAGAUAAACCCGAGAAGCGUGAAAGUCUUCAAGUCCCGACGAAAAAAGAAGUCGUCGUGAAGAAAGAAGCCUCGGUGAAGAAUGAGGAUCCGGUAAAAGAUGAGAUAGCACCUCUGGUCGAAUUCAAAACACCUCAAAAGGGUCGAUUCCGAGAUGCGCUUCAAAGCUCACCCGUAACCCCUCGACAUCGCGUCCAAGUGGGAGCCAGGAAUAUCACUCCCAGGACUCCGCGACAUGCUGAUCUUCCCCCAACCCCUCGUCCGAGUGCCACCCCAAGUACAUCACAAACCGUGUACUCGCAAGCUCGACAGCUCUUUGCUAGGGGCGCCACCUCCGGACGACUUGUCGGUCGAGACUCGGAACGAGAGAAGGUCUCUACUUUUAUUCACGAUUGUGUCGAGUCUAAAAAGGGUGGCUGUCUCUAUAUCAGUGGACCGCCCGGAACCGGCAAAAGCGCUAUGGUUAACGAAGUCUGCCAAGAUAUGGACCUCUCCGAUGUGAAAGUAUCCCAUGUCAACUGCGUCAGCAUGCGAAACUCCCGAGAUGUCUACAGCAAGCUUAUCCAGGAUUUUUGCGACGAUUCGGAAGUUUUCAAAAAGAGCGAGGCUGAGCGACUCAAGGAGAUGUUUGUUCCGUCCAAGCGAAGCAAUCUGUUUAUGGUCAGUCUGGAUGAAAUGGAUCAUCUCCUGCAGGGGGAUUCUGGUGUACUACAAACCUUGUUUGAGUGGUCAUUGCAUAACAAGUCUUCCCUGAUUCUGAUCGGUAUCGCCAAUGCGUUGGAUUUAACGGAUCGAUCUCUUCCUCAGCUCAAAGCGAAGAAUUUGAGGCCAACACUAUUACCCUUUCUUCCAUAUAACGCCGCCUCGAUUGCAGGUGUUAUCACUGCUCGUCUUCGAUCACUGCUUCCUGUGGGGGCAGACUCUGACCCGAAGUUGGUUCCUUUUGUGCAGCCAGCAGCUAUCCAGCUUUGCGCAAAAAAGGUCGCCUCUCAAACAGGAGAUCUUCGAAAGGCGUUUGAGUUGAUAAAGCGCGCAAUUGAUGUCAUCGAGCAAGAAACUUUACAGAAGCUGGAAAAGCAAGCUGCGGAAUCUGACCUCUCUGUUCUUGCUGAGAACAAGAAUCUUUCUUCGCCUUCCAAAGCAGGGACUGUCCCGCCUCCAGCGAGCAUUUCUAAGUAUACGACAGUGACUGCGCCCCGCGCAAGCAUCGCACAUAUUGCCCGAAUCACCACGUCUGCAUUUGGCCAAGGCACCGUCCAGCGCCUCAAGAACAUCAACCUGCAACAGAAGGCUGCAAUCUGUACCUUGGUGGCAUUGGAGCGCAAGCGUCGCGAAACGGAAAUCCACAGCACACCUUCUAAGUCUCGAUCAUCCGCCCCUACGAUUAAACAGGCAUUUGAUACAUAUUGUACCCUUUGCCGUAACGAUAAUAUCCUUCAUCCUUUGACAGCAACCGAGUUCAAGGACGUUCUGAGCAACCUGGAAACAAUGGGUCUAGUCGGAGAAUACCAAGGUCGAGGACGCGGUGGUACUCUUGGUGGUGGUUCCGAUGUUCGACGCACACCCUCCAAGUCUGGGAAUGUGGCUUCAACACCUCACAAGGCCAUGGGCGAGCAAGGACUCGUCUGCUUCGUCUCGCAGUCCGAAAUUGAGGGACAAAUUGCCGGACCUGGAGAAGGCAUUUUGAGACGAUUGCUCCGCGGUGAUGGACUGUAA